AACCAGAAAUGCAAUAUUUUCUGUCAACCUCAGCUUAUCCCUCUCCAUUUGUUCACUUGUGAGGCUCAACAUGGCCAUGACAUCAUCAUCAUCAUCAUCACCAUCAGCAUUAUGAAGACUAAGAUUUUCUCUCCUGCCCAUAGUGGGAGCCAUGAAGAAGAAGAAGAUAGAGCCUUAUCAGGAAGAACAACAGCACCAGCACCACAAACAAGAACAAGAAGAGUUGGAAAUAUUGAAAGCAGUGGCACAAUCCUGGUACAGCCACUCAGGAAGCUCUAAACCUAUGAGUGAGUUUGAUGCACGCAGAAGAAACUUCAAAGUGAAGCCUUCAAGGUUCAAGCUAGAAGCAAUGAGGGACACAGGUUCUUCUUCUUCUUCUUCUUCUUCUUCCUCUUCUUCACCUUGUUACUGGAAUUUUCAGCAGUCACUUUGGGAUUCAUAUGAACUUUGUGACAGUGUCAAGAGGAUUGAAAUGGGGUUGGAUUUAGAUAAUAACCCUUUUGGUUACUUAUGUGGUUCGAUUCAAAGCCAACGGAGUCGAAAGCCGGAGAGUAAGAAUAACCUCAGAAACCUGUUCUCUCAUUUUUCUUCUAGGCGGUUUAAUGCUACCAAGAAUGAUGAAAAUGUUAAUUAAAAGAUAUAAACUAAAAUAGUGCGCUAGUCCUUCUUCAGAAAAUCUUUGAUUGUUAUGCAAGAGAAUAGCUAGUUUCAAAUUCUGGCUUAUUCUUGGUACGACAUGUAUUUUUAUUUUACAAGAGUUUGAUUGUGUUUGAUUUGAGCAUCAAUGAAACAAUAAAGCCAUGGCAUGCUAAUUAAAAUAUGUGUAUAUAUUCAUUCAUUCAUUCAAUAGUUGAUACAUGGAUAGAAAAGCAGUACAUAAAUAAAAUCACAUCUAGAUUUGUAAUAAGCAAACAUAAUGGCUCGUUAAGCAGCCAUUUAUUUCUCACCAUCACACUACUGAUCUUGAUGUAUUAGGAAGCAUAUGCUAUACAGUAACGUAGACACACUACUCAAGAAAUAACUUUUUUAAUUUUAAGGCCUAAAGGUCUUCCAGGGGUGCAACUCAAAGCCACCCUUGUUCUUCUUGGGAUAGUACUGAUCAGAAUCAACAUAUUCAUAGGUGGCUUCACCAUCCUGAUUGUCAGGGUUGGUGGUUCUUCCAUAGUCUACUACUUCAACCCUCUCAUCAUCACGACGAGGCUGGAGAGGGUAGCCAUAGUUUUGACAUCCCUCGUCUUUCCCAUAAACAGUUGCCUUCU